UGUGCUUUGAGCUGUGCAGUGACGGCUCUCACUCAUCGAGGAGGAGGAAUUGUACCGACUGCUAUCAAGGACACAAUGAACAACUCUUCUUGCAUCAGCUUUGACUUUACAGGAAAAUUCCUGCCACCUGUCUACAUUUUAGUUUUCAUCACUGGCAUGGUGGCUAACGGACUGGGAUUGAGGUCAGUGCUGCAGAAAUGGGAGAAACUGGGGAAUGUCUCUGUCUUUGUUUUCAGCCUUGGACUUGCAGACAUUUUGUAUUUGCUCACACUCCCUUUUCUGAUGGUGUACUACUUCAAGGAUGAUCAAUGGAUCUUUGGAGAAGCCUUUUGCAAGACAACAAGAUUCUUCUUCAACCUGAAUUUAUACGGCAGCAUUGGAUUCCUCACCUGUAUAAGUGUGUACAGGUACUUGGCUAUUGUCCAUCCAAUGAGGAUGAUGGGGAGAAUAACUGUGACUCAUUCUGUGGCUAUCUCAGUCAUGGUCUGGCUGUUGGUGAGUGCUCAAAGUCUUCCAGACAUGUUCUUCCCCAAAUCACCCACAAACAAUACUAAGAGGUGCUUUGAUACAACCUCUGAUGAAUACGUUGGAGAUUACCUGAAAUACAGCUUGGGAUGGACACUCACUGGUUUUUGCAUCCCCCUGUUCAUCACCCUCAGCUGCUAUGGACAUAUGAUUGCUGUUCUCUGCCGCAAUGAUAACAUUGAUGAAGUACUGAAACAAAGAAGCUUAAAGUUGUUAUUCAUCUUGAUUCUUCUGUUCUCUGUUUGUUACAUCCCCUAUCAUAUAUUAAAAAAUCUCAACCUCUUGUCAAGACUAAGCGUAAUCAAGGGGACAUGUCAUAAAUGGUCUAAUGGAGUCUAUAUUGGUCAUCAGAUAAGCCGUGGCCUUGUGUGUCUGAACAGUGCGCUCAAUCCUCUAGUUUACCUGCAUGUAAGUGAAGAUAUUUGUUCUCAGCUCAGACAGCUACUCCAACAAGCUCGCCAAGCUAUCAGUAGUCUGUACAGCUCUAACCAAACUUCAGUCACGGAUACUUGAAAUGUGCCGAUGAACAUGAUGAGUACGCAUCAUCUGAGACUUGUGUAAGAAACACAAAACAUGGUACUUUUUACUUUCUGGAAAAUGCUUGAAAGACGAGUCAUUGCAUUUGUGAUGUAGUAGCAUGGUGCCGUGCAUGGGAGGUUUGCAGCUGGAAUGUGUGAAAAAAAACAGGAUAUGAUACUGCAUGCUUUACUGCUGAUAGAAGGUUAAUGUUAACAGCAUGUCACAUGUAUGUACACAUGCUGAAAGUAAAGGUCAGUUUUGAUUAUGCUGUAUUUAUUGUAUAUCUAUACUUUGAGCAUUUGAAUUCAAGCCUCCUCGUUCUUGUUCUGCUGUCUAACUAUAAUUAAAGAUUUUGUCUUUCAAAUUUCCCUUAUUUUUGAUAGUAAGGGCAUAGUGGAUGCUUUUUUUUUGUCUUUUUAUUUAUUUUUCAGUAACAUAAACAGCUUUGUCUAGAUCUCAUUUUUGUUUUU